AUGGCGCGUGGGAAGGUCACGCCAAGGUCUCUGCGGCUGAGAGGUGGUCGUCGCGGCUCGGUCACGCCACGGAAGGCCGCCCUCCCUGCUCCCCGCGCGCUCCCGCUCACUCCGCACCCCUCUGCCCUCUCCUCUUCGUGUUCGUCUCCCCCCCUUCCGCCUCCCACUCCGCGGCGCCACCCCCGUGCAGGCAAGCAGGCUGCGCUGCAGCUCGCGAACCCGCCCCCUGCGCAGCUGCGCGCAUGCACGCGGGCCAGGCAAUGCAGCGGGGCAGACACGGAGCACCGCAUCUGCAAGAUCGUGCCGCCCGUGCUGCCCACGGUGCCCGCGGGCCACGUGCUGCAGCGCGGGCAGAAGCGCCCCUUCCGCUUCACCACGCGCGAGCAGCCCGUGCGCGUGGCGGCGUGCGCGCAUGGCGACCCACCCGCCUUCCGCAUGAGCGGCAGAACCUACUCUCUUCCCGAGUUCGAGCGCAAGGCCGAUCGCUUCCUGGCCACACGAUUCGCCACGUCAGCAGCGCUUCCAGCUGGCAUGGUGGAGCAGCUGUACUGGCAGGAGAUGGAGGGCGGCGGCAGGGAGGCAGGGGGGCACGCGGAGAGGAACAAGGGCGGAGGGCGAGGGGCGGAGGGGGGGGCUGGGGGCGCAGGGGCGCGCGGGGGGCGGGGGGUGGCGCAUGUGGAGUACGGCAGCGACGUGGACGGCACGGGGUUCAGCUGCGACCCGCGCGACCCCCUCGCCUCGUCUGGAUGGAACCUCAACCUGCUGCCGCGUCUGCCUGCCUCUGUGCUGCGCCGCCUGCCCGUCGAUAUCCCCGUUAGUGCCCCUCCCCCCUGCCCCUCCCCCCUGCCCCUCCCCCCUGCCCCUCCCCCCUGCCCCUCCCCCCUGCCCCUCCCCCCUGCCCCUCCCCCCUGCCGCGUCCACCCUGCAUGUCCCAAGAGAGCAUGUGCUCUCUCCUCUCUGUCCCUCCUGCGUGUUUUCACCGCAUCCAACCGAGCUGCUGUCUUUGAUCGCUGCACUCACUCUCGCCUUCAUCCCCACCAACUCCUACAACCACCCCCCGGCGUGACGGAACCCAUGCUGUACGUGGGGAUGCUCUUCAGCACCUUCGCCUGGCACGUCGAGGACCACUACCUCUACAGCCGUGCUGCUGUGCCGUGCUGUGAAGGCCAUGGCAUGGAAGGGAGUGGCACACAGAGCACAGGGAGGCGUGCAUGUGCUGUGCGCUGCAUAAACUACCAGCACAUGGGCGCGCCCAAGACGUGGUACGGCGUGCCCGCCAUGGCGGCGCAUGCCUUUGAGGCCCUCGCCAUGCGCCACGUGUACGGCCAGGGGGGGGGGCAGGGGCAGGGCGAUGGGGGCAGCCUGGUGGAGCGGGGCGAGGGGGGGCGUGCGGAUCGGGACCCUAGUGGAGUUGUGAAGAGCGAGGAGGAGGCAGGGAGGGUGCGCGGGGCAGGCGGGGCGGAGGGGAGGGGCGCGGCUGUGCAGGGUGGUGGCGCGGGGGAGGUGAGGGGCGGAGGGCGCGGGCAGAGGGGCACGUGCAGGGAGCAGGGGCGGACGCAUGGGCGAGGGGGCGGGUGGGGGGAGAGGAGGGGGGGGCGGGGAGGGCGAGGAGGGCGGGGCCGUGGAGGGAGGGGCAUGGGUGGGGGAGGGGUGGGUGCAUGGAGUGGCGAGGAGAGGGAGGGGGCGAGCGGCUGUGGGGUGGGCGAGGCGGAGAGCGUGGGUGAUGCAGGGGCGGGCGAGCAGGGGAGGUGGGGGGGCGGGGCGGUGGGGCGGGCGUGCGCGUUGCUGAUGGGAAAGACGAGCAUGUUCUCGCCGCGCCUGCUGCUGCCGCAUGGCGUGCCCGUGGUGCGUGCCGUGCAGGCGGCGGGGGAGUUCGUGGUGACGUACCCGCGCUCGUACCAUGCUGGGUUCAGCCAUGGCUUCAACUGUGGCGAGGCGGUCAACUUCGCGCCGCCCGACUGGUUCCCCUUCGCUGCUGCUGCCGCCCGCCGCUACGCCGUGCUGCGCCGCCCGCCGCUGCUGUGCUGGGAGGAGCUGCUGUGCCGCCACGUGGUGGCGCUGCUGGCAUGCAGGCGGGGCGAGGGGGGCGAGGGGGGUGCGGGGGAGGAUGAGGAGCAUGCGGAGAAAGAGGCGAGCACAGGGCUGGAGAAGGCGGAGGGGGGUGGGAGUGCAGCGAGGACACACGGGAGGGGGGGAGAGGAGGGGCAGGAGGGGCAGGAGGAGGGGGGAGGGGGGAGGGCAGAGAAGGCGGCACGGCAUGCAGUGGUGGUGUUCUCGCCCUGCAAGGAGAGCGGCCCGGGGCCCCCUGCUGACCCUGCUGACCGCGUUGACCGCGUUGACUUGCCUGCCUGUGCAGCGGCAGCAGCGCCUGGUGGCGUGGCAAGCAGCAGUGGCGGUGGCACACAGAUAGGGCGCUGUGAGGAGGGCAGUGAGUCUCAUGCUCACGCUGUUGACCCGCCUCCCUCCACUCACACCGCUGACACUGCUGACCUCACUCACCCCUCUUACCCUCCUGCCUCCACCACACCCCUCGCCCUCAUUCACCCUGCUCACCCUGUGGGCCUUGCUCACCCUACUGAUCCCACUGACCCCGUUGACCCAACUGACCCCGUUGACCCCGUUGACCCCGUUGACCCUGUUGACCCUGUUGACCCCACUGACUCGAUUGACCCCACUGACGCUAUUCAAGCCAUCGAUGCCAUUGACGUCACCCCACCUUGCCUGGCGGCCAUUGGCCGGGUGGGGCGCAGCGCAGUGGAGCAGUUUGUGCGGCUGGUGGGCGAGGAGAGGCGCAUCCAGGCGUGGAUGGAGCAGCGCUCGGCCGUGGUGGCGGUGCUGCCGGGGCUGUCAGCAGCGGUGCCGUGCUCGCUGUGCUGCCGCCUGUGCCACCUGGCCGUGGUGGCGUGCUGCUGUGUGCGCGACCCCAUCUGCCUGCACCAUGCCAGCAUCAACCACGCGUGUCGCUGUGGUGCCCUGCGCGUCAUCUCGCUGCGCCGCCACACACCCGCCCUCCACCGCCUCGCCCUGCGCCUGCACACCGCUCUCUCUGCCUCCCGCAUCGCGCCCCACCGCACUGCACGCCCGCCCCAGGAGCACCCGAUGGCAGGGCGCGCAGCAGCGGCAGCGGGCGUGCUGGCAGCGCUGGGAGCAGCGGCACCGGCGCGGUGGGAUGAGGACGUGGCGGAUAUCGAAUCACUCUCUAACGAGCAUGACCUGGAGGGGUUCCGCGGGGGAUUUGAGGGGGAGGGGUGGGUGGUUGGGGGUGGGGGGGGCGGAGGGCAGGGGGCGGACAUGAAGAAUGGGGAGGCGGAGGAAGCAGGAGGAGGGCGUACUGUGGGAGGAAUGGGUGCGGUCAUUGAGAGCGGUGGCGAGGGGUUCAGUGACGGCACGCAUUGUGGUCGUGACAUUGACGACAAGCCAUGCAAUGAUAUAGCAUGUGGUGACGUGGCAUGUGGUGGCAAUAUGUGGUGUGGCACAGGGGAGGGCGAGGAAGCACAGUGUGGUGGCAGUGACUGUGGUGUGAGAGAUGGAGGUGGUGAGAUGCCAUGGGGCAGGCGUGCGUGCCAUGAUGGCCAGCAACUCAGUGAGCAGCACAGCCGUGCCGCCUGCCCUGCACCACCCUGCUUGCCACCGCCCCACGUGCCUCUGCCACACCCUAGCCAAGCGUGCAAGAUGCAGCAGGGUGAAGACAUGCGUGGUGAGGGGGAGCAGGUGGCAGCGGUACAGGUCACACAAGGGACCGCCGUGUGUGCUCACCAUGCACGCCCAGCAGCUCACGGUGUUGUGAGGGCAGCAGAGGGGCGGGCAUGGGAGCAGCGCGGCCAGCGCCCUCCCACAAGGGGGCGUGCUGCCUGCCCACCCCCGGCCCUCCCCUCUCCCGCUCCCCCGCACGCCCAUCCCAUGGCACCGGGGGGGGCAUGCGGUGCGAUUCACAGCAGUGCAGCGCGGCACAGGCACGUGAACGCGAAUGCGGGCGCGGAGGAGAAGGUGCAGCGAGGGCAGCGCGGCCACAUGACAGCGCUGGACGUGCUGCUGCUGCCCGCGCCACCCCCCUCGCUUGCUCCCCCGCCUGCCGCCUCUCUGCUUCACCUCCCCCCACCCGCCUUGCUUGCUUCCCCGCCUGCUGCCUCCGCGGCCUGCCCCCCACCACCCCCCACCUGCACGCCCCGCGCCCUGCUUCCUCCCAGCGCUUCCCGCGCCGCUGUGCUGGCUGAGCGCCGCUCUGCCGUGGCCGCUGAUGGCCGUGUGGACGGGCCGUGGGAUGGGGGGGGAGGCGGAGUGGGGAGUGGGGGAGAGGGAGAAGGAAAAGGAGUGCAUAGGGCGGUGGUGGGAGGGGGAGAAAGAGAGGCAGCGAGUAGUGUGGGCAAGGUGGGCGGGUGUGGUGGGGGGCGGUGGCAGCAGCUGGUAGGGCCGGCGAGGGUGGAGGGGCGCGAGCACGGUGGGGGGGAAGAGGAGGAGGGGCAGAGCGAGGCAGACGAGGGAAGGGUUGUUGAGCAGCGGCAGGGAGGGCGGGCGACGGGGGAGGAGGAGGGGUUGGAUGGCGAUCAUGAGGUGGAGCAAAACGAGGAUGCCUUUGGGGCGGUGGGGGCGUUGUCACAGCAGCAGCAGGAGGCGGGGGGGGAUUUGAGGAGGGAGGAUGGGAAGGGGAAGGAUGGAGGGGGGGAAGGUACAGUGGGUGAGCAGAUGGCGUGCAGUGGCCGGCAAAGCGUGGGUGAAGAGAGGUGCUGGGAGGGAGGAAGCGGUGAAGAGCGGUGCUGUGGGGAGAUGGGAUUGGGAUGCAGCAGCAGCGGGGGGCGGAGUGGGUGUGAUGGGAGACAGGUGGGGAGCAGCGAUGGGGCAGCGCUGGCAGGGGUGGUGGAUGGGGGCGAUGCCAUGGUGCCGUCAGCAGGGAGGCGAUUAGAGAAAGACAUGGCGAUGUGUGAGACGGCGGACGGGGAAGGGCGCUGGGGACGAGUGGAGGGCGAGGGGGAAGGAGGGGAGGGAGGAGGGGAGGGAAGAGGGGAGGGAGGACAGGAGGAGAUUGGAAUGAAAGGAGGAGCGGAGGAUAGAAGGGUGGGAGGAAAGGAGAAGCAAGGGAAGCAUUCAGAAGAGGAAAAAGGGAAGAAAAGAGGAGAGGUAGGAGAGGAGGAAGGAGGGGAAGAAGGAGAGGAGGAAGGCGGGGAGGGACAAAGGGAGGGAAGAGAGGAGGGAAGGGAAGAAGGAGGGGAGGUAGGAGAGGAGGAAAGGAGGGAGGAAAGUGGGGAGGAGAGAAUAAGGGUAGGAGAGGAGGAAGAAGGGGAAGCCAGACAGGAGGAGAGUGGGGAGGGACAAAGGGAGGGAAGAGAAAAGGAAAGUGAUGGAAGAAGGGAUGGAGGAGAGGAGGAAGAAGGGAAGGACGGAGAGGAGGAAAGAGGGGAGGAAAGAGGAGAGGAAAGAAGGGGGGAAAGUGGGGAGGAAAGAGGGGAGGACGGAAAGGAGCAAAGUGGGGACGAAAGUGGGGAGGAAAGUGGGGAGGAAAAUGGGGAAGAAAGUGGGGAGGGGCAUGGGGAGGGAAGAGGGGAGGGAGGAGUGGAGGAAGGAGGGGAUGAAGGGGAGGAGAAAGGGAGAGUGGGAGGAACAGAGAAAGGGAGAGAGGGAGGAACAGAGAAAGGGAGAGAGGGAGGAGUGAAGGUGCGAGGGGAUGGAGGUGAAGGGGAAGGUGAGGGGGGAGGUGAGGAAAGAGGUGAGGGGGGAGGGGAGGGCGUGGAAGGGGCGGUGCGUGCAGGCAGGGGUGGAAGGGCGGGUGGGUGUGAGGGGGGUGGUGGCGCCUGCAAUGGCGUGCGCAGGGUAGAUGGAGGAAGCGGCGAGUGGCGUGGCGAGUGGGAUGCGCGUGGGGAGAGGGCACUAGAUGCGAGUGAGGUGGGGUGCGCACCAUGUGAUGCAUCAUCAGGUGAGGCGGUAGCAGCAGCAGCGGGUGCAGGGGGGGGAGGAAGGGCGCUGGGCAGAAUGGUGGGGCAGGAGGGGCAGCAGGAGGGGCAGCAGGAGGGGCAGCAGGAGGGGCAGCAGCGGUGCAGCGGAGGGGCGAGCAGGCGGCGGCGGCGGCAGCUGUGGAUGGUGUGGGACGGCGGGCGGCGCCGCAAGAAGAGCCGCUCCACUCAGGGGGGACCAUUGCCAGGCGCUGCUGCUGGCGCUGCUGCCCCCUCGCCCCGUGCUCAUGGCAGCGCUGCUGCCCCACGUGGUGGCGGUGGGUGUGCUGGCAGCACCAGCAGUGGCAGUGCGAACAGCAGCGGUGACGAGUGGCGCUGGGCGUGGGAGAGCAAGGGGCGGAGGAGCAGGCGGGGCAGGCGAGACGUGGGGCACUUGUUGACACGAGGGGAGAAGGGGGGAACGGCGGUAGGAGCGAGGGGGGAGAAGAGGAAGGCGGAGGAUGAGGGGAGGGUGGAGGCGGGCAUGGCGGCAGCAGUGAGUCCGGUGAAGCAGAGGCGGUUGGUGGAGGUGAGUGGAGGGGGCGGCAGUGCAAGGGCGUUGAGAGAGGGGAGGGGUGUUGCGGGGAGCAUGGAAGGAGUGGGCAUGGGAGGUGGGGGCUCACGAGCGCACGCAUGGCAUGCAAGCGAAGGCGGGUCGAGGUGCGAGAGUGGCGAGCUCCCGCCACUCCACCCACACACGCCUCACCGCUCCACUCGUUGCGUGCCCCUCCUCGCCACCGCCACCAAAUCGCUUCGCCACAUAAGCGCGGCGUCAGCCUUCCUCGCGCGCCCCGAAUCUGCUGAACCCCGCUUGCACGGAGCUCGCUGCGUGCUGCCCGCGUGCUCGCGCCGUCUCGAUUCCUCAUUCGCUCUCCCCCCACGCGUGCUCGCCUCGCGUGCGAUCAGCUCUUCCCCUGCCGACCGGCUUGCGGCGCCCGUGCGGAUCGCGAUCGCGCGGAAUGGGGGGAGGAGGCGGAAGCGGGGAGGUAGUGGUGGACGGGAAGCGGAUUUCUGCACGCUGCCCAUCGACACGGCCAAGGUGCGCCUGCAGCUGCAGGGCAAGCCGUCGGCGGGAGCGGGCGGAGCAGCGGGCGCAGUGAAGUACCGCGGGAUGGUGGGGACGAUGGGGACGAUCGCGCGCGAGGAGGGGCUGUCGGCGUUGUGGAAGGGGCUCGUGCCGGGGCUGCACCGCCAGUGCGUCUAUGGCGGCCUGCGCAUCGGCCUCUACGACCCCGUGAAGGCGCUGUUCGUGGGCAAGGACCACACGGGCGACGUGCCUCUCACCGUCAAGAUCGCCGCCGCCCUCACCACAGGGGCGGUGGGCAUAUCAAUCGCCAACCCCACGGAUCUGGUGAAGGUGCGCCUGCAGUCGGAGGGGCGUCUGGCGCCCGGCACGCCCAAGCGCUAUUCCGGUGCUCUCAACGCCUACGCCACCAUCGCCCGCCAGGAGGGCGUGGCGGCGCUGUGGACGGGUGUGGGGCCCAACAUCGCACGCAACGCCAUCAUCAACGCCGCUGAGCUCGCCAGCUAUGACCAGAUCAAACAGUCGCUGCUCAAGGUACCGGGCUUCGGGGACAACGUGGGGACGCACCUCAUCGCUGGGCUCGGCGCCGGCUUCUUCGCCGUCUGCAUCGGCUCGCCCGUCGAUGUGGUGAAGUCGAGGGUGAUGGGCGACAGCAGCGGGCAGUACAAGGGCACGCUCGACUGCUUCCUCAAGACCUUCCGCAACGACGGCGUGAUGGCGUUCUACAAGGGCUUCAUCCCCAACUUCGGCCGCCUGGGCUCCUGGAAUGUCAUCAUGUUCCUCACGCUCGAGCAGGUGCGUUCCGCCCUCACGCUCGAGCAGGUGCGUUCCGCCCUCACGCUCGAGCAGGUGCGUUCCGCCCUCACGCUCGAGCAGGUGCGUUCCGCCCUCACGCUCGAGCAGGUGCGUUCCGCCCUCACGCUCGAGCAGGUGCGUUCCGCCCUCACGCUCGAGCAGGUGCGUUCCGCCCUCACGCUCGAGCAGGUGCGUUCCGCCCUCACGCUCGAGCAGGUGCGUUCCGCCCUCACGCUCGAGCAGGUGCGUUCCGCCCUCACGCUCGAGCAGGUGCGUUCCGCCCUCACGCUCGAGCAGGUGCGUUCCGCCCUCACGCUCGAGCAGGUGCGUUCCGCCCUCACGCUCGAGCAGGUGCGUUCCGCCCUCACGCUCGAGCAGGUGCGUUCCGCCCUCACGCUCGAGCAGGUGCGUUCCGCCCUCACGCUCGAGCAGGUGCGUUCCGCCCUCACGCUCGAGCAGGUGCGUUCCGCCCUCACGCUCGAGCAGGUGCGUUCCGCCCUCACGCUCGAGCAGGUGCGUUCCGCCCUCACGCUCGAGCAGGUGCGUUCCGCCCUCACGCUCGAGCAGGUGCGUUCCGCCCUCACGCUCGAGCAGGUGCGUUCCGCCCUCACGCUCGAGCAGGUGCGUUCCGCCCUCACGCUCGAGCAGGUGCGUUCCGCCCUCACGCUCGAGCAGGUGCGUUCCGCCCUCACGCUCGAGCAGGUGCGUUCCGCCCUCACGCUCGAGCAGGUGCGUUCCGCCCUCACGCUCGAGCAGGUGCGUUCCGCCCUCACGCUCGAGCAGGUGCGUUCCGCCCUCACGCUCGAGCAGGUGCGUUCCGCCCUCACGCUCGAGCAGGUGCGUUCCGCCCUCACGCUCGAGCAGGUGCGUUCCGCCCUCACGCUCGAGCAGGUGCGUUCCGCCCUCACGCUCGAGCAGGUGCGUUCCGCCCUCACGCUCGAGCAGGUGCGUUCCGCCCUCACGCUCGAGCAGGUGCGUUCCGCCCUCACGCUCGAGCAGGUGCGUUCCGCCCUCACGCUCGAGCAGGUGCGUUCCGCCCUCACGCUCGAGCAGGUGCGUUCCGCCCUCACGCUCGAGCAGGUGCGUUCCGCCCUCACGCUCGAGCAGGUGCGUUCCGCCCUCACGCUCGAGCAGGUGCGUUCCGCCCUCACGCUCGAGCAGGUGCGUUCCGCCCUCACGCUCGAGCAGGUGCGUUCCGCCCUCACGCUCGAGCAGGUGCGUUCCGCCCUCACGCUCGAGCAGGUGCGUUCCGCCCUCACGCUCGAGCAGGUGCGUUCCGCCCUCACGCUCGAGCAGGUGCGUUCCGCCCUCACGCUCGAGCAGGUGCGUUCCGCCCUCACGCUCGAGCAGGUGCGUUCCGCCCUCACGCUCGAGCAGGUGCGUUCCGCCCUCACGCUCGAGCAGGUGCGUUCCGCCCUCACGCUCGAGCAGGUGCGUUCCGCCCUCACGCUCGAGCAGGUGCGUUCCGCCCUCACGCUCGAGCAGGUGCGUUCCGCCCUCACGCUCGAGCAGGUGCGUUCCGCCCUCACGCUCGAGCAGGUGCGUUCCGCCCUCACGCUCGAGCAGGUGCGUUCCGCCCUCACGCUCGAGCAGGUGCGUUCCGCCCUCACGCUCGAGCAGGUGCGUUCCGCCCUCACGCUCGAGCAGGUGCGUUCCGCCCUCACGCUCGAGCAGGUGCGUUCCGCCCUCACGCUCGAGCAGGUGCGUUCCGCCCUCACGCUCGAGCAGGUGCGUUCCGCCCUCACGCUCGAGCAGGUGCGUUCCGCCCUCACGCUCGAGCAGGUGCGUUCCGCCCUCACGCUCGAGCAGGUGCGUUCCGCCCUCACGCUCGAGCAGGUGCGUUCCGCCCUCACGCUCGAGCAGGUGCGUUCCGCCCUCACGCUCGAGCAGGUGCGUUCCGCCCUCACGCUCGAGCAGGUGCGUUCCGCCCUCACGCUCGAGCAGGUGCGUUCCGCCCUCACGCUCGAGCAGGUGCGUUCCGCCCUCACGCUCGAGCAGGUGCGUUCCGCCCUCACGCUCGAGCAGGUGCGUUCCGCCCUCACGCUCGAGCAGGUGCGUUCCGCCCUCACGCUCGAGCAGGUGCGUUCCGCCCUCACGCUCGAGCAGGUGCGUUCCGCCCUCACGCUCGAGCAGGUGCGUUCCGCCCUCACGCUCGAGCAGGUGCGUUCCGCCCUCACGCUCGAGCAGGUGCGUUCCGCCCUCACGCUCGAGCAGGUGCGUUCCGCCCUCACGCUCGAGCAGGUGCGUUCCGCCCUCACGCUCGAGCAGGUGCGUUCCGCCCUCACGCUCGAGCAGGUGCGUUCCGCCCUCACGCUCGAGCAGGUGCGUUCCGCCCUCACGCUCGAGCAGGUGCGUUCCGCCCUCACGCUCGAGCAGGUGCGUUCCGCCCUCACGCUCGAGCAGGUGCGUUCCGCCCUCACGCUCGAGCAGGUGCGUUCCGCCCUCACGCUCGAGCAGGUGCGUUCCGCCCUCACGCUCGAGCAGGUGCGUUCCGCCCUCACGCUCGAGCAGGUGCGUUCCGCCCUCACGCUCGAGCAGGUGCGUUCCGCCCUCACGCUCGAGCAGGUGCGUUCCGCCCUCACGCUCGAGCAGGUGCGUUCCGCCCUCACGCUCGAGCAGGUGCGUUCCGCCCUCACGCUCGAGCAGGUGCGUUCCGCCCUCACGCUCGAGCAGGUGCGUUCCGCCCUCACGCUCGAGCAGGUGCGUUCCGCCCUCACGCUCGAGCAGGUGCGUUCCGCCCUCACGCUCGAGCAGGUGCGUUCCGCCCUCACGCUCGAGCAGGUGCGUUCCGCCCUCACGCUCGAGCAGGUGCGUUCCGCCCUCACGCUCGAGCAGGUGCGUUCCGCCCUCACGCUCGAGCAGGUGCGUUCCGCCCUCACGCUCGAGCAGGUGCGUUCCGCCCUCACGCUCGAGCAGGUGCGUUCCGCCCUCACGCUCGAGCAGGUGCGUUCCGCCCUCACGCUCGAGCAGGUGCGUUCCGCCCUCACGCUCGAGCAGGUGCGUUCCGCCCUCACGCUCGAGCAGGUGCGUUCCGCCCUCACGCUCGAGCAGGUGCGUUCCGCCCUCACGCUCGAGCAGGUGCGUUCCGCCCUCACGCUCGAGCAGGUGCGUUCCGCCCUCACGCUCGAGCAGGUGCGUUCCGCCCUCACGCUCGAGCAGGUGCGUUCCGCCCUCACGCUCGAGCAGGUGCGUUCCGCCCUCACGCUCGAGCAGGUGCGUUCCGCCCUCACGCUCGAGCAGGUGCGUUCCGCCCUCACGCUCGAGCAGGUGCGUUCCGCCCUCACGCUCGAGCAGGUGCGUUCCGCCCUCACGCUCGAGCAGGUGCGUUCCGCCCUCACGCUCGAGCAGGUGCGUUCCGCCCUCACGCUCGAGCAGGUGCGUUCCGCCCUCACGCUCGAGCAGGUGCGUUCCGCCCUCACGCUCGAGCAGGUGCGUUCCGCCCUCACGCUCGAGCAGGUGCGUUCCGCCCUCACGCUCGAGCAGGUGCGUUCCGCCCUCACGCUCGAGCAGGUGCGUUCCGCCCUCACGCUCGAGCAGGUGCGUUCCGCCCUCACGCUCGAGCAGGUGCGUUCCGCCCUCACGCUCGAGCAGGUGCGUUCCGCCCUCACGCUCGAGCAGGUGCGUUCCGCCCUCACGCUCGAGCAGGUGCGUUCCGCCCUCACGCUCGAGCAGGUGCGUUCCGCCCUCACGCUCGAGCAGGUGCGUUCCGCCCUCACGCUCGAGCAGGUGCGUUCCGCCCUCACGCUCGAGCAGGUGCGUUCCGCCCUCACGCUCGAGCAGGUGCGUUCCGCCCUCACGCUCGAGCAGGUGCGUUCCGCCCUCACGCUCGAGCAGGUGCGUUCCGCCCUCACGCUCGAGCAGGUGCGUUCCGCCCUCACGCUCGAGCAGGUGCGUUCCGCCCUCACGCUCGAGCAGGUGCGUUCCGCCCUCACGCUCGAGCAGGUGCGUUCCGCCCUCACGCUCGAGCAGGUGCGUUCCGCCCUCACGCUCGAGCAGGUGCGUUCCGCCCUCACGCUCGAGCAGGUGCGUUCCGCCCUCACGCUCGAGCAGGUGCGUUCCGCCCUCACGCUCGAGCAGGUGCGUUCCGCCCUCACGCUCGAGCAGGUGCGUUCCGCCCUCACGCUCGAGCAGGUGCGUUCCGCCCUCACGCUCGAGCAGGUGCGUUCCGCCCUCACGCUCGAGCAGGUGCGUUCCGCCCUCACGCUCGAGCAGGUGCGUUCCGCCCUCACGCUCGAGCAGGUGCGUUCCGCCCUCACGCUCGAGCAGGUGCGUUCCGCCCUCACGCUCGAGCAGGUGCGUUCCGCCCUCACGCUCGAGCAGGUGCGUUCCGCCCUCACGCUCGAGCAGGUGCGUUCCGCCCUCACGCUCGAGCAGGUGCGUUCCGCCCUCACGCUCGAGCAGGUGCGUUCCGCCCUCACGCUCGAGCAGGUGCGUUCCGCCCUCACGCUCGAGCAGGUGCGUUCCGCCCUCACGCUCGAGCAGGUGCGUUCCGCCCUCACGCUCGAGCAGGUGCGUUCCGCCCUCACGCUCGAGCAGGUGCGUUCCGCCCUCACGCUCGAGCAGGUGCGUUCCGCCCUCACGCUCGAGCAGGUGCGUUCCGCCCUCACGCUCGAGCAGGUGCGUUCCGCCCUCACGCUCGAGCAGGUGCGUUCCGCCCUCACGCUCGAGCAGGUGCGUUCCGCCCUCACGCUCGAGCAGGUGCGUUCCGCCCUCACGCUCGAGCAGGUGCGUUCCGCCCUCACGCUCGAGCAGGUGCGUUCCGCCCUCACGCUCGAGCAGGUGCGUUCCGCCCUCACGCUCGAGCAGGUGCGUUCCGCCCUCACGCUCGAGCAGGUGCGUUCCGCCCUCACGCUCGAGCAGGUGCGUUCCGCCCUCACGCUCGAGCAGGUGCGUUCCGCCCUCACGCUCGAGCAGGUGCGUUCCGCCCUCACGCUCGAGCAGGUGCGUUCCGCCCUCACGCUCGAGCAGGUGCGUUCCGCCCUCACGCUCGAGCAGGUGCGUUCCGCCCUCACGCUCGAGCAGGUGCGUUCCGCCCUCACGCUCGAGCAGGUGCGUUCCGCCCUCACGCUCGAGCAGGUGCGUUCCGCCCUCACGCUCGAGCAGGUGCGUUCCGCCCUCACGCUCGAGCAGGUGCGUUCCGCCCUCACGCUCGAGCAGGUGCGUUCCGCCCUCACGCUCGAGCAGGUGCGUUCCGCCCUCACGCUCGAGCAGGUGCGUUCCGCCCUCACGCUCGAGCAGGUGCGUUCCGCCCUCACGCUCGAGCAGGUGCGUUCCGCCCUCACGCUCGAGCAGGUGCGUUCCGCCCUCACGCUCGAGCAGGUGCGUUCCGCCCUCACGCUCGAGCAGGUGCGUUCCGCCCUCACGCUCGAGCAGGUGCGUUCCGCCCUCACGCUCGAGCAGGUGCGUUCCGCCCUCACGCUCGAGCAGGUGCGUUCCGCCCUCACGCUCGAGCAGGUGCGUUCCGCCCUCACGCUCGAGCAGGUGCGUUCCGCCCUCACGCUCGAGCAGGUGCGUUCCGCCCUCACGCUCGAGCAGGUGCGUUCCGCCCUCACGCUCGAGCAGGUGCGUUCCGCCCUCACGCUCGAGCAGGUGCGUUCCGCCCUCACGCUCGAGCAGGUGCGUUCCGCCCUCACGCUCGAGCAGGUGCGUUCCGCCCUCACGCUCGAGCAGGUGCGUUCCGCCCUCACGCUCGAGCAGGUGCGUUCCGCCCUCACGCUCGAGCAGGUGCGUUCCGCCCUCACGCUCGAGCAGGUGCGUUCCGCCCUCACGCUCGAGCAGGUGCGUUCCGCCCUCACGCUCGAGCAGGUGCGUUCCGCCCUCACGCUCGAGCAGGUGCGUUCCGCCCUCACGCUCGAGCAGGUGCGUUCCGCCCUCACGCUCGAGCAGGUGCGUUCCGCCCUCACGCUCGAGCAGGUGCGUUCCGCCCUCACGCUCGAGCAGGUGCGUUCCGCCCUCACGCUCGAGCAGGUGCGUUCCGCCCUCACGCUCGAGCAGGUGCGUUCCGCCCUCACGCUCGAGCAGGUGCGUUCCGCCCUCACGCUCGAGCAGGUGCGUUCCGCCCUCACGCUCGAGCAGGUGCGUUCCGCCCUCACGCUCGAGCAGGUGCGUUCCGCCCUCACGCUCGAGCAGGUGCGUUCCGCCCUCACGCUCGAGCAGGUGCGUUCCGCCCUCACGCUCGAGCAGGUGCGUUCCGCCCUCACGCUCGAGCAGGUGCGUUCCGCCCUCACGCUCGAGCAGGUGCGUUCCGCCCUCACGCUCGAGCAGGUGCGUUCCGCCCUCACGCUCGAGCAGGUGCGUUCCGCCCUCACGCUCGAGCAGGUGCGUUCCGCCCUCACGCUCGAGCAGGUGCGUUCCGCCCUCACGCUCGAGCAGGUGCGUUCCGCCCUCACGCUCGAGCAGGUGCGUUCCGCCCUCACGCUCGAGCAGGUGCGUUCCGCCCUCACGCUCGAGCAGGUGCGUUCCGCCCUCACGCUCGAGCAGGUGCGUUCCGCCCUCGCGCUCGAGCAGGUGCGUUCCGCCCUCGCGCUCGAGCAGGUGCGUUCCGCCCUCGCGCUCGAGCAGGUGCGUUCCGCCCUCGCGCUCGAGCAGGUGCGUUCCGCCCUCGCGCUCGAGCAGGUGCGUUCCGCCCUCGCGCUCGAGCAGGUGCGUUCCGCCCUCGCGCUCGAGCAGGUGCGUUCCGCCCUCGCGCUCGAGCAGGUGCGUUCCGCCCUCGCGCUCGAGCAGGUGCGUUCCGCCCUCGCGCUCGAGCAGGUGCGUUCCGCCCUCGCGCUCGAGCAGGUGCGUUCCGCCCUCGCGCUCGAGCAGGUGCGUUCCGCCCUCGCGCUCGAGCAGGUGCGUUCCGCCCUCGCGCUCGAGCAGGUGCGUUCCGCCCUCGCGCUCGAGCAGGUGCGUUCCGCCCUCGCGCUCGAGCAGGUGCGUUCCGCCCUCGCGCUCGAGCAGGUGCGUUCCGCCCUCGCGCUCGAGCAGGUGCGUUCCGCCCUCGCGCUCGAGCAGGUGCGUUCCGCCCUCACGCUCGAGCAGGUGCGUUCCGCCCUCACGCUCGAGCAGGUGCGUUCCGCCCUCACGCUCGAGCAGGUGCGUUCCGCCCUCACGCUCGAGCAGGUGCGUUCCGCCCUCACGCUCGAGCAGGUGCGUUCCGCCCUCACGCUCGAGCAGGUGCGUUCCGCCCUCACGCUCGAGCAAGUGCGUUCCGCCCUCACCCUCGAGCAGGUGCGUUCCGCCCUCACCCUCGAGCAGGUGCGUUCCGCCCUCACGCUCGAGCAGGUGCGUUCCGCCCUCACGCUCGAGCAGGUGCGUUCCGCCCUCACGCUCGAGCAGGUGCGUUCCGCCCUCACGCUCGAGCAGGUGCGUUCGGCCCUCACGCUCGAGCAGGUGCGUUCCGCCCUCACGCUCGAGCAGGUGCGUUCCGCCCUCACGCUCGAGCAGGUGCGUUCCGCCCUCACGCUCGAGCAGGUGCGUUCCGCCCUCACGCUCGAGCAAGUGCGUUCCGCCCUCACGCUCGAGCAGGUGCGUUCCGCCCUCACGCUCGAGCAGGUGCGUUCCGCCCUCACGCUCGAGCAGGUGCGUUCUGCCCUCACGCUCGAGCAGGUGCGUUCUGCCCACACGCUCGAGCAGGUGCGUUCUGCCCUCACGCUCGAGCAGGUGCGUUCUGCCCUCACGCUCGAGCAGGUGCGUUCUGCCCUCACGCUCGAGCAGGUGCGUUCUGCCCUCACGCUCGAGCAGGUGCGUUCUGCCCUCACGCUCGAGCAGGUGCGUUCUGCCCUCACGCUCGAGCAGGUGCGUUCUGCCCUCACGCUCGAGCAGGUGCGUUCUGCCCUCACGCUCGAGCAGGUGCGUUCUGCCCUCACGCUCGAGCAGGUGCGUUCUGCCCUCACGCUCGAGCAGGUGCGUUCUGCCCUCACGCUCGAGCAGGUGCGUUCUGCCCUCACGCUCGAGCAGGUGCGUUCUGCCCUCACGCUCGAGCAGGUGCGUUCUGCCCUCACGCUCGAGCAGGUGCGUUCUGCCCUCACGCUCGAGCAGGUGCGUUCUGCCCUCACGCUCGAGCAGGUGCGUUCUGCCCUCACGCUCGAGCAGGUGCGUUCUGCCCUCACGCUCGAGCAGGUGCGUUCUGCCCUCACGCUCGAGCAGGUGCGUUCUGCCCUCACCCUCGAGCAGGUGCGUUCUGCCCUCACCCUCGAGCAGGUGCGUUCUGCCCUCACGCUCGAGCAGGUGCGUUCUGCCCUCACGCUCGAGCAGGUGCGUUCUGCCCUCACGCUCGAGCAGGUGCGUUCUGCCCUCACCCUCGAGCAGGUGCGUUCUGCCCUCACCCUCGAGCAGGUGCGUUCUGCCCUCACCACCGAGCAGGUGCGUUCUGCCCUCACCCUCGAGCAGGUGCGUUCCGCCCUCACCCUCGAGCAGGUGCGUUCCGCCCUCACCCUCGAGCAGGUGCGUUCCGCCCUCACCCUCGAGCAGGUGCGUUCCGCCCUCACGCUCGAGCAGGUGCGUUCCGCCCUCACCCUCGAGCAGGUGCGUUCCGCCCUCACGCUCGAGCAGGUGCGUUCCGCCCUCACGCUCGAGCAGGUGCGUUCUGCCCUCACGCUCGAGCAGGUGCGUUCCGCCCUCACCCUCGAGCAGGUGCGUUCCGCCCUCACCCUCGAGCAGGUGCGUUCCGCCCUCACCCUCGAGCAGGUGCGUUCCGCCCUCACGCUCGAGCAGGUGCGUUCCGCCCUCACCCUCGAGCAGGUGCGUUCCGCCCUCACGCUCGAGCAGGUGCGUUCCGCCCUCACGCUCGAGCAGGUGCGUUCUGCCCUCACGCUCGAGCAGGUGCGUUCCGCCCUCACCCUCGAGCAGGUGCGUUCCGCCCUCACCCUCGAGCAGGUGCGUUCCGCCCUCACGCUCGAGCAGGUGCGUUCUGUCCUCACGCUCGAGCAGGUGCGUUCCGCCCUCACCCUCGAGCAGGUGCGUUCCGCCCUCACCCUCGAGCAGGUGCGUUCCGCCCUCACGCUCGAGCAGGUGCGUUCCGCCCUCACGCUCGAGCAGGUGCGUUCCGCCCUCACCCUCGAGCAGGUGCGUUCUGCCCUCACGCUCGAGCAGGUGCGUUCUGCCCUCAUGCUCGAGCAGGUGCGUUCUGCCCUCACGCUCGAGCAGGUGCGUUCUGCCCUCACGCUCGAGCAGGUGCGUUCUGCCCUCACGCUCGAGCAGGUGCGUUCUGCCCUCACGCUCGAGCAGGUGCGUUCUGCCCUCACGCUCGAGCAGGUGCGUUCUGCCCUCACCCUCGAGCAGGUGCGUUCUGCCCUCACCCUCGAGCAGGUGCGUUCUGCCCUCACCCUCGAGCAGGUGCGUUCUGCCCUCACCCUCGAGCAGGUGCGUUCCGCCCUCACCCUCGAGCAGGUGCGUUCCGCCCUCACCCUCGAGCAGGUGCGUUCCGCCCUCACCCUCGAGCAGGUGCGUUCCGCCCUCACGCUCGAGCAGGUGCGUUCCGCCCUCACCCUCGAGCAGGUGCGUUCCGCCCUCACGCUCGAGCAGGUGCGUUCCGCCCUCACGCUCGAGCAGGUGCGUUCUGCCCUCACGCUCGAGCAGGUGCGUUCCGCCCUCACCCUCGAGCAGGUGCGUUCUGCCCUCACCCUCGAGCAGGUGCGUUCCGCCCUCACCCUCGAGCAGGUGCGUUCCGCCCUCACGCUCGAGCAGGUGCGUUCCGCCCUCACCCUCGAGCAGGUGCGUUCCGCCCUCACGCUCGAGCAGGUGCGUUCCGCCCUCACGCUCGAGCAGGUGCGUUCUGCCCUCACGCUCGAGCAGGUGCGUUCCGCCCUCACCCUCGAGCAGGUGCGUUCCGCCCUCACCCUCGAGCAGGUGCGUUCCGCCCUCACGCUCGAGCAGGUGCGUUCUGUCCUCACGCUCGAGCAGGUGCGUUCCGCCCUCACCCUCGAGCAGGUGCGUUCCGCCCUCACCCUCGAGCAGGUGCGUUCCGCCCUCACGCUCGAGCAGGUGCGUUCCGCCCUCACGCUCGAGCAGGUGCGUUCCGCCCUCACCCUCGAGCAGGUGCGUUCCGCCCUCACCCUCGAGCAGGUGCGUUCCGCCCUCACCCUCGAGCAGGUGCGUUCCGCCCUCACGCUCGAGCAGGUGCGUUCCGCCCUCACGCUCGAGCAGGUGCGUUCCGCCCUCACCCUCGAGCAGGUGCGUUCCGCCCUCACCCUCGAGCAGAUGCGUUCCGCCCUCACGCUCGAGCAGGUGCGUUCCGCCCUCACGCUCGAGCAGGUGCGUUCCGCCCUCACGCUCGAGCAGGUGCGUUCCGCCCUCACGCUCGAGCAGGUGCGUUCCGCCCUCACGCUCGAGCAGGUGCGUUCCGCCCUCACGCUCGAGCAGGUGCGUUCCGCCCUCACGCUCGAGCAGGUGCGUUCCGCCCUCACCCUCGAGCAGGUGCGUUCCGCCCUCACGCUCGAGCAGGUGCGUUCCGCCCUCACGCUCGAGCAGGUGCGUUCUGCCCUCACGCUCGAACAGGUGCGUUCCGCCCUCACCCUCGAGCAGGUGCGUUCCGCCCUCACCCUCGAGCAGGUGCGUUCCGCCCUCACGCUCGAGCAGGUGCGUUCUGCCCUCACGCUCGAGCAGGUGCGUUCCGCCCUCACCCUCGAGCAGGUGCGUUCCGCCCUCACCCUCGAGCAGGUGCGUUCCGCCCUCACCCUCGAGCAGGUGCGUUCCGCCCUCACGCUCGAGCAGGUGCGUUCCGCCCUCACGCUCGAGCAGGUGCGUUCCGCCCUCACCCUCGAGCAGGUGCGUUCCGCCCUCACCCUCGAGCAGGUGCGUUCCGCCCUCACGCUCGAGCAGGUGCGUUCCGCCCUCACCCUCGAGCAGGUGCGUUCCGCCCUCACCCUCGAGCAGGUGCGUUCCGCCCUCACCCUCGAGCAGGUGCGUUCCGCCCUCACCCUCGAGCAGGUGCGUUCCGCCCUCACGCUCGAGCAGGUGCGUUCCGCCCUCACCCUCGAGCAGGUGCGUUCCGCCCUCACCCUCGAGCAGGUGCGUUCCGCCCUCACCCUCGAGCAGGUGCGUUCCGCCCUCACGCUCGAGCAGGUGCGUUCCGCCCUCACGCUCGAGCAGGUGCGUUCCGCCCUCACCCUCGAGCAGGUGCGUUCCGCCCUCACCCUCGAGCAGGUGCGUUCCGCCCUCACCCUCGAGCAGGUGCGUUCCGCCCUCACCCUCGAGCAGGUGCGUUCCGCCCUCACGCUCGAGCAGGUGCGUUCCGCCCUCACCCUCGAGCAGGUGCGUUCCGCCCUCACCCUCGAGCAGGUGCGUUCCGCCCUCACGCUCGAGCAGGUGCGUUCCGCCCUCACGCUCGAGCAGGUGCGUUCCGCCCUCACCCUCGAGCAGGUGCGUUCCGCCCUCACCCUCGAGCAGGUGCGUUCCGCCCUCACGCUCGAGCAGGUGCGUUCCGCCCUCACCCUCGAGCAGGUGCGUUCCGCCCUCACCCUCGAGCAGGUGCGUUCCGCCCUCACCCUCGAGCAGGUGCGUUCCGCCCUCACCCUCGAGCAGGUGCGUUCCGCCCUCACGCUCGAGCAGGUGCGUUCCGCCCUCACCCUCGAGCAGGUGCGUUCCGCCCUCACCCUCGAGCAGGUGCGUUCCGCCCUCACCCUCGAGCAGGUGCGUUCCACCCUCACCCUCGAGCAGGUGCGUUCCACCCUCACGCUCGAGCAGGUGCGUUCCGCCCUCACCCUCGAGCAGGUGCGUUCCACCCUCACCCUCGAGCAGGUGCGUUCCGCCCUCACGCUCGAGCAGGUGCGUUCCGCCCUCACGCUCGAGCAGGUGCGUUCUGCCCUCACGCUCGAGCAGGUGCGUUCCGCCCUCACCCUCGAGCAGGUGCGUUCCGCCCUCACGCUCGAGCAGGUGCGUUCCGCCCUCACGCUCGAGCAGGUGCGUUCCGCCCUCACGCUCGAGCAGGUGCGUUCCGCCCUCACGCUCGAGCAGGUGCGUUCUGCCCUCACGCUCGAGCAGGUGCGUUCCGCCCUCACCCUCGAGCAGGUGCGUUCCGCCCUCACCCUCGAGCAGGUGCGUUCCGCCCUCACGCUCGAGCAGGUGCGUUCCGCCCUCACGCUCGAGCAGGUGCGUUCCGCCCUCACCCUCGAGCAGGUGCGUUCCGCCCUCACCCUCGAGCAGGUGCGUUCCGCCCUCACGCUCGAGCAGGUGCGUUCCGCCCUCACGCUCGAGCAGGUGCGUUCCGCCCUCACGCUCGAGCAGGUGCGUUCCGCCCUCACGCUCGAGCAGGUGCGUUCUGCCCUCACGCUCGAGCAGGUGCGUUCCGCCCUCACCCUCGAGCAGGUGCGUUCCGCCCUCACCCUCGAGCAGGUGCGUUCCGCCCUCACGCUCGAGCAGGUGCGUUCCGCCCUCACGCUCGAGCAGGUGCGUUCCGCCCUCACGCUCGAGCAGGUGCGUUCUGCCCUCACGCUCGAGCAGGUGCGUUCCGCCCUCACCCUCGAGCAGGUGCGUUCCGCCCUCACCCUCGAGCAGGUGCGUUCCGCCCUCACGCUCGAGCAGGUGCGUUCCGCCCUCACCCUCGAGCAGGUGCGUUCCGCCCUCACCCUCGAGCAGGUGCGUUCCGCCCUCACCCUCGAGCAGGUGCGUUCCGCCCUCACGCUCGAGCAGGUGCGUUCCGCCCUCACGCUCGAGCAGGUGCGUUCCGCCCUCACCCUCGAGCAGGUGCGUUCCGCCCUCACCCUCGAGCAGGUGCGUUCCGCCCUCACCCUCGAGCAGGUGCGUUCCGCCCUCACGCUCGAGCAGGUGCGUUCCGCCCUCACGCUCGAACAGGUGCGUUCCGCCCUCACGCUCGAGCAGGUGCGUUCCGCCCUCACGCUCGAGCAGGUGCGUUCCGCCCUCACCCUCGAGCAGGUGCGUUCCGCCCUCACGCUCGAGCAGGUGCGUUCCGCCCUCACGCUCGAGCAGGUGCGUUCUGCCCUCACGCUCGAACAGGUGCGUUCCGCCCUCACCCUCGAGCAGGUGCGUUCCGCCCUCACCCUCGAGCAGGUGCGUUCCGCCCUCACGCUCGAGCAGGUGCGUUCCGCCCUCACGCUCGAGCAGGUGCGUUCCGCCCUCACCCUCGAGCAGGUGCGUUCCGCCCUCACCCUCGAGCAGGUGCGUUCCGCCCUCACCCUCGAGCAGGUGCGUUCCACCCUCACCCUCGAGCAGGUGCGUUCCACCCUCACCCUCGAGCAGGUGCGUUCCGCCCUCACCCUCGAGCAGGUGCGUUCCACCCUCACCCUCGAGCAGGUGCGUUCCGCCCUCACGCUCGAGCAGGUGCGUUCCGCCCUCACGCUCGAGCAGGUGCGUUCCGCCCUCACGCUCGAGCAGGUGCGUUCCGCCCUCACGAUCGAGCAGGUGCGUUCCGCCCUCACGCUCGAGCAGGUGCGUUCCGCCCUCACGCUCGAGCAGGUGCGUUCCGCCCUCACGCUCGAGCAGGUGCGUUCCGCCCUCACGCUCGAGCAGGUGCGUUCCGCCCUCACGCUCGAGCAGGUGCGUUCCGCCCUCACGCUCGAGCAGGUGCGUUCUGCCCUCACGCUCGAGCAGGUGCGUUCCGCCCUCACCCUCGAGCAGGUGCGUUCCGCCCUCACCCUCGAGCAGGUGCGUUCCGCCCUCACCCUCGAGCAGGUGCGUUCCGCCCUCACGCUCGAGCAGGUGCGUUCCGCCCUCACCCUCGAGCAGGUGCGUUCCGCCCUCACCCUCGAGCAGGUGCGUUCCGCCCUCACCCUCGAGCAGGUGCGUUCCGCCCUCACGCUCGAGCAGGUGCGUUCCGCCCUCACGCUCGAGCAGGUGCGUUCCGCCCUCACGCUCGAGCAGGUGCGUUCCGCCCUCACGCUCGAGCAGGUGCGUUCCGCCCUCACGCUCGAGCAGGUGCGUUCCGCCCUCACGCUCGAGCAGGUGCGUUCCGCCCUCACCCUCGAGCAGGUGCGUUCCGCCCUCACGCUCGAGCAGGUGCGUUCUGCCCUCACGCUCGAGCAGGUGCGUUCCGCCCUCACCCUCGAGCAGGUGCGUUCCGCCCUCACCCUCGAGCAGGUGCGUUCCGCCCUCACGCUCGAGCAGGUGCGUUCCGCCCUCACGCUCGAGCAGGUGCGUUCCGCCCUCACGCUCGAGCAGGUGCGUUCCGCCCUCACGCUCGAGCAGGUGCGUUCUGCCCUCACGCUCGAGCAGGUGCGUUCCGCCCUCACCCUCGAGCAGGUGCGUUCCGCCCUCACCCUCGAGCAGGUGCGUUCCGCCCUCACGCUCGAGCAGGUGCGUUCCGCCCUCACGCUCGAGCAGGUGCGUUCCGCCCUCACCCUCGAGCAGGUGCGUUCCGCCCUCACCCUCGAGCAGGUGCGUUCCGCCCUCACGCUCGAGCAGGUGCGUUCCGCCCUCACGCUCGAGCAGGUGCGUUCCGCCCUCACGCUCGAGCAGGUGCGUUCCGCCCUCACGCUCGAGCAGGUGCGUUCUGCCCUCACGCUCGAGCAGGUGCGUUCCGCCCUCACCCUCGAGCAGGUGCGUUCCGCCCUCACCCUCGAGCAGGUGCGUUCCGCCCUCACGCUCGAGCAGGUGCGUUCCGCCCUCACGCUCGAGCAGGUGCGUUCCGCCCUCACGCUCGAGCAGGUGCGUUCUGCCCUCACGCUCGAGCAGGUGCGUUCCGCCCUCACCCUCGAGCAGGUGCGUUCCGCCCUCACCCUCGAGCAGGUGCGUUCCGCCCUCACCCUCGAGCAGGUGCGUUCCGCCCUCACGCUCGAGCAGGUGCGUUCCGCCCUCACCCUCGAGCAGGUGCGUUCCGCCCUCACCCUCGAGCAGGUGCGUUCCGCCCUCACCCUCGAGCAGGUGCGUUCCGCCCUCACGCUCGAGCAGGUGCGUUCCGCCCUCACGCUCGAGCAGGUGCGUUCCGCCCUCACCCUCGAGCAGGUGCGUUCCGCCCUCACCCUCGAGCAGGUGCGUUCCGCCCUCACGCUCGAGCAGGUGCGUUCCGCCCUCACGCUCGAACAGGUGCGUUCCGCCCUCACGCUCGAGCAGGUGCGUUCCGCCCUCACGCUCGAGCAGGUGCGUUCCGCCCUCACCCUCGAGCAGGUGCGUUCCGCCCUCACGCUCGAGCAGGUGCGUUCCGCCCUCACGCUCGAGCAGGUGCGUUCUGCCCUCACGCUCGAACAGGUGCGUUCCGCCCUCACCCUCGAGCAGGUGCGUUCCGCCCUCACCCUCGAGCAGGUGCGUUCCGCCCUCACGCUCGAGCAGGUGCGUUCCGCCCUCACGCUCGAGCAGGUGCGUUCCGCCCUCACCCUCGAGCAGGUGCGUUCCGCCCUCACCCUCGAGCAGGUGCGUUCCGCCCUCACCCUCGAGCAGGUGCGUUCCACCCUCACCCUCGAGCAGGUGCGUUCCACCCUCACCCUCGAGCAGGUGCGUUCCGCCCUCACCCUCGAGCAGGUGCGUUCCACCCUCACCCUCGAGCAGGUGCGUUCCGCCCUCACGCUCGAGCAGGUGCGUUCCGCCCUCACGCUCGAGCAGGUGCGUUCCGCCCUCACGCUCGAGCAGGUGCGUUCCGCCCUCACGAUCGAGCAGGUGCGUUCCGCCCUCACGCUCGAGCAGGUGCGUUCCGCCCUCACGCUCGAGCAGGUGCGUUCCGCCCUCACGCUCGAGCAGGUGCGUUCCGCCCUCACGCUCGAGCAGGUGCGUUCCGCCCUCACGCUCGAGCAGGUGCGUUCCGCCCUCACGCUCGAGCAGGUGCGUUCUGCCCUCACGCUCGAGCAGGUGCGUUCCGCCCUCACCCUCGAGCAGGUGCGUUCCGCCCUCACCCUCGAGCAGGUGCGUUCCGCCCUCACCCUCGAGCAGGUGCGUUCCGCCCUCACGCUCGAGCAGGUGCGUUCCGCCCUCACCCUCGAGCAGGUGCGUUCCGCCCUCACCCUCGAGCAGGUGCGUUCCGCCCUCACCCUCGAGCAGGUGCGUUCCGCCCUCACGCUCGAGCAGGUGCGUUCCGCCCUCACGCUCGAGCAGGUGCGUUCCGCCCUCACGCUCGAGCAGGUGCGUUCCGCCCUCACGCUCGAGCAGGUGCGUUCCGCCCUCACGCUCGAGCAGGUGCGUUCCGCCCUCACGCUCGAGCAGGUGCGUUCCGCCCUCACCCUCGAGCAGGUGCGUUCCGCCCUCACGCUCGAGCAGGUGCGUUCCGCCCUCACGCUCGAGCAGGUGCGUUCUGCCCUCACGCUCGAACAGGUGCGUUGCGCCCUCACCCUCGAGCAGGUGCGUUCCGCCCUCACCCUCGAGCAGGUGCGUUCCGCCCUCACGCUCGAGCAGGUGCGUUCUGCCCUCACGCUCGAGCAGGUGCGUUCCGCCCUCACCCUCGAGCAGGUGCGUUCCGCCCUCACCCUCGAGCAGGUGCGUUCCGCCCUCACGCUCGAGCAGGUGCGUUCCGCCCUCACGCUCGAGCAGGUGCGUUCCGCCCUCACGCUCGAGCAGGUGCGUUCCGCCCUCACGCUCGAGCAGGUGCGUUCCGCCCUCACGCUCGAGCAGGUGCGUUCUGCCCUCACGCUCGAGCAGGUGCGUUCCGCCCUCACCCUCGAGCAGGUGCGUUCCGCCCUCACGCUCGAGCAGGUGCGUUCCGCCCUCACCCUCGAGCAGGUGCGUUCCGCCCUCACGCUCGAGCAGGUGCGUUUCGCCCUCACCCUCGAGCAGGUGCGUUCCGCCCUCACCCUCGAGCAGGUGCGUUCCGCCCUCACCCUCGAGCAGGUGCGUUCCGCCCUCACCCUCGAGCAGGUGCGUUCCGCCCUCACCCUCGAGCAGGUGCGUUCCGCCCUCACCCUCGAGCAGGUGCGUUCCGCCCUCACCCUCGAGCAGGUGCGUUCCGCCCUCACCCUCGAGCAGGUGCGUUCCGCCCUCACCCUCGAGCAGGUGCGUUCCGCCCUCACCCUCGAGCAGGUGCGUUCCGCCCUCACCCUCGAGCAGGUGCGUUCCGCCCUCACCCUCGAGCAGGUGCGUUCCGCCCUCACCCUCGAGCAGGUGCGUUCCGCCCUCACUCUCGAGCAGGUGCGUUCCGCCCUCACGCUCGAGCAGGUGCGUUCCGCCCUCACGCUCGAGCAGGUGCGUUCCGCCCUCACGCUCGAGCAGGUGCGUUCCGCCCUCACCCUCGAGCAGGUGCGUUCCGCCCUCACGCUCGAGCAGGUGCGUUCCGCCCUCACCCUCGAGCAGGUGCGUUCCGCCCUCACGCUCGAGCAGGUGCGUUCCGCCCUCACCCUCGAGCAGGUGCGUUCCGCCCUCACCCUCGAGCAGGUGCGUUCCGCCCUCACCCUCGAGCAGGUGCGUUCCGCCCUCACCCUCGAGCAGGUGCGUUCCGCCCUCACCCUCGAGCAGGUGCGUUCCGCCCUCACCCUCGAGCAGGUGCGUUCCGCCCUCACCCUCGAGCAGGUGCGUUCCGCCCUCACCCUCGAGCAGGUGCGUUCCGCCCUCACCCUCGAGCAGGUGCGUUCCGCCCUCACGCUCGAGCAGGUGCGUUCCGCCCUCACCCUCGAGCAGGUGCGUUCCGCCCUCACCCUCGAGCAGGUGCGUUCCGCCCUCACGCUCGAGCAGGUGCGUUCCGCCCUCACGCUCGAGCAGGUGCGUUCCGCCCUCACCCUCGAGCAGGUGCGUUCCGCCCUCACCCUCGAGCAGGUGCGUUCCGCCCUCACCCUCGAGCAGGUGCGUUCCGCCCUCACGCUCGAGCAGGUGCGUUCCGCCCUCACCCUCGAGCAGGUGCGUUCCGCCCUCACCCUCGAGCAGGUGCGUUCCGCCCUCACCCUCGAGCAGGUGCGUUCCGCCCUCACGCUCGAGCAGGUGCGUUCUGCCCUCACGCUCGAGCAGGUGCGUUCCGCCCUCACCCUCGAGCAGGUGCGUUCCGCCCUCACCCUCGAGCAGGUGCGUUCUGCCCUCACGCUCGAGCAGGUGCGUUCUGCCCUCACGCUCGAGCAGGUGCGUUCCGCCCUCACCCUCGAGCAGGUGCGUUCCGCCCUCACCCUCGAGCAGGUGCGUUCCGCCCUCACCCUCGAGCAGGUGCGUUCCGCCCUCACCCUCGAGCAGGUGCGUUCCGCCCUCACCCUCGAGCAGGUGCGUUCCGCCCUCACGCUCGAGCAGGUGCGUUCCGCCCUCACGCUCGAGCAGGUGCGUUCUGCCCUCACGCUCGAGCAGGUGCGUUCCGCCCUCACCCUCGAGCAGGUGCGUUCCGCCCUCACCCUCGAGCAGGUGCGUUCUGCCCUCACGCUCGAGCAGGUGCGUUCUGCCCUCACGCUCGAGCAGGUGCGUUCCGCCCUCACCCUCGAGCAGGUGCGUUCCGCCCUCACCCUCGAGCAGGUGCGUUCCGCCCUCACGCUCGAGCAGGUGCGUUCCGCCCUCACGCUCGAGCAGGUGCGUUCCGCCCUCACCCUCGAGCAGGUGCGUUCCGCCCUCACCCUCGAGCAGGUGCGUUCCGCCCUCACCCUCGAGCAGGUGAGAUCCGCCCUCACGCUCGAGCAGGUGCGUUCCGCCCUCACCCUCGAGCAGGUGCGUUCCGCCCUCACCCUCGAGCAGGUGCGUUCCGCCCUCACCCUCGAGCAGGUGCGUUCCGCCCUCACGCUCGAGCAGGUGCGUUCUGCCCUCACGCUCGAGCAGGUGCGUUCCGCCCUCACCCUCGAGCAGGUGCGUUCCGCCCUCACCCUCGAGCAGGUGCGUUCUGCCCUCACGCUCGAGCAGGUGCGUUCUGCCCUCACGCUCGAGCAGGUGCGUUCCGCCCUCACCCUCGAGCAGGUGCGUUCCGCCCUCACCCUCGAGCAGGUGCGUUCCGCCCUCACGCUCGAGCAGGUGCGUUCCGCCCUCACGCUCGAGCAGGUGCGUUCCGCCCUCACCCUCGAGCAGGUGCGUUCCGCCCUCACCCUCGAGCAGGUGCGUUCCGCCCUCACCCUCGAGCAGGUGCGUUCCGCCCUCACGCUCGAGCAGGUGCGUUCCGCCCUCACCCUCGAGCAGGUGCGUUCCGCCCUCACCCUCGAGCAGGUGCGUUCCGCCCUCACCCUCGAGCAGGUGCGUUCCGCCCUCACCCUCGAGCAGGUGCGUUCCGCCCUCACCCUCGAGCAGGUGCGUUCCGCCCUCACCCUCGAGCAGGUGCGUUCCGCCCUCACCCUCGAGCAGGUGCGUUCCGCCCUCACCCUCGAGCAGGUGCGUUCCGCCCUCACCCUCGAGCAGGUGCGUUCCGCCCUCACCCUCGAGCAGGUGCGUUCCGCCCUCACUCUCGAGCAGGUGCGUUCCGCCCUCACGCUCGAGCAGGUGCGUUCCGCCCUCACGCUCGAGCAGGUGCGUUCCGCCCUCACGCUCGAGCAGGUGCGUUCCGCCCUCACCCUCGAGCAGGUGCGUUCCGCCCUCACCCUCGAGCAGGUGCGUUCCGCCCUCACCCUCGAGCAGGUGCGUUCCGCCCUCACGCUCGAGCAGGUGCGUUCCGCCCUCACCCUCGAGCAGGUGCGUUCCGCCCUCACCCUCGAGCAGGUGCGUUCCGCCCUCACCCUCGAGCAGGUGCGUUCCGCCCUCACCCUCGAGCAGGUGCGUUCCGCCCUCACGCUCGAGCAGGUGCGUUCCGCCCUCACGCUCGAGCAGGUGCGUUCCGCCCUCACCCUCGAGCAGGUGCGUUCCGCCCUCACCCUCGAGCAGGUGCGUUCCGCCCUCACCCUCGAGCAGGUGCGUUCCGCCCUCACCCUCGAGCAGGUGCGUUCCGCCCUCACCCUCGAGCAGGUGCGUUCCGCCCUCACCCUCGAGCAGGUGCGUUCCGCCCUCACCCUCGAGCAGGUGCGUUCCGCCCUCACCCUCGAGCAGGUGCAAUCCGCCCUCACCCUCGAGCAGGUGCGUUCCGCCCUCACCCUCGAGCAGGUGCGUUCCGCCCUCACCCUCGAGCAGGUGCGUUCCGCCCUCACCCUCGAGCAGGUGCGUUCCGCCCUCACCCUCGAGCAGGUGCGUUCCGCCCUCACCCUCGAGCAGGUGCGUUCCGCCCUCACCCUCGAGCAGGUGCGUUCCGCCCUCACUCUCGAGCAGGUGCGUUCCGCCCUCACGCUCGAGCAGGUGCGUUCCGCCCUCACGCUCGAGCAGGUGCGUUCCGCCCUCACGCUCGAGCAGGUGCGUUCCGCCCUCACCCUCGAGCAGGUGCGUUCCGCCCUCACGCUCGAGCAGGUGCGUUCCGCCCUCACCCUCGAGCAGGUGCGUUCCGCCCUCACCCUCGAGCAGGUGCGUUCCGCCCUCACCCUCGAGCAGGUGCGUUCCGCCCUCACCCUCGAGCAGGUGCGUUCCGCCCUCACCCUCGAGCAGGUGCGUUCCGCCCUCACCCUCGAGCAGGUGCGUUCCGCCCUCACCCUCGAGCAGGUGCGUUCCGCCCUCACCCUCGAGCAGGUGCGUUCCGCCCUCACCCUCGAGCAAGUGCGUUCCGCCCUCACCCUCGAGCAGGUGCGUUCCGCCCUCACCCUCGAGCAGGUGCGUUCCGCCCUCACCCUCGAGCAGGUGCGUUCCGCCCUCACCCUCGAGCAGGUGCGUUCCGCCCUCACCCUCGAGCAGGUGCGUUCCGCCCUCACCCUCGAGCAGGUGCGUUCCGCCCUCACUCUCGAGCAGGUGCGUUCCGCCCUCACGCUCGAGCAGGUGCGUUCCGCCCUCACGCUCGAGCAGGUGCGUUCCGCCCUCACGCUCGAGCAGGUGCGUUCCGCCCUCACCCUCGAGCAGGUGCGUUCCGCCCUCACGCUCGAGCAGGUGCGUUCCGCCCUCACCCUCGAGCAGGUGCGUUCCGCCCUCACCCUCGAGCAGGUGCGUUCCGCCCUCACCCUCGAGCAGGUGCGUUCCGCCCUCACCCUCGAGCAGGUGCGUUCCGCCCUCACCCUCGAGCAGGUGCGUUCCGCCCUCACCCUCGAGCAGGUGCGUUCCGCCCUCACCCUCGAGCAGGUGCGUUCCGCCCUCACCCUCGAGCAGGUGCGUUCCGCCCUCACCCUCGAGCAGGUGCGUUCCGCCCUCACCCUCGAGCAGGUGCGUUCCGCCCUCACCCUCGAGCAGGUGCGUUCCGCCCUCACCCUCGAGCAGGUGCGUUCCGCCCUCACCCUCGAGCAGGUGCGUUCCGCCCUCACCCUCGAGCAGGUGCGUUCCGCCCUCACCCUCGAGCAGGUGCGUUCCGCCCUCACCCUCGAGCAGGUGCGUUCCGCCCUCACCCUCGAGCAGGUGCGUUCCGCCCUCACCCUCGAGCAGGUGCGUUCCGCCCUCACCCUCGAGCAGGUGCGUUCCGCCCUCACCCUCGAGCAGGUGCGUUCCGCCCUCACCCUCGAGCAGGUGCGUUCCGCCCUCACCCUCGAGCAAGUGCGUUCCGCCCUCACCCUCGAGCAGGUGCGUUCCGCCCUCACCCUCGAGCAGGUGCGUUCCGCCCUCACCCUCGAGCAGGUGCGUUCCGCCCUCACGCUCGAGCAGGUGCGUUCCGCCCUCACCCUCGAGCAGGUGCGUUCCGCCCUCACCCUCGAGCAGGUGCGUUCCGCCCUCACCCUCGAGCAGGUGCGUUCCGCCCUCACGCUCGAGCAGGUGCGUUCCGCCCUCACCCUCGAGCAGGUGCGUUCCGCCCUCACCCUCGAGCAGGUGCGUUCCGCCCUCACCCUCGAGCAGGUGCGUUCCGCCCUCAUCCUCGAGCAGGUGCGUUCCGCCCUCACCCUCGAGCAGGUGCGUUCCGCCCUCACGCUCGAGCAGGUGCGUUCCGCCCUCACGCUCGAGCAGGUGCGUUCCGCCCUCACGCUCGAGCAGGUGCGUUCCGCCCUCACCCUCGAGCAGGUGCGUUCCGCCCUCACGCUCGAGCAGGUGCGUUCCGCCCUCACCCUCGAGCAGGUGCGUUCCGCCCUCACCCUCGAGCAGGUGCGUUCCGCCCUCACCCUCGAGCAGGUGCGUUCCGCCCUCACCCUCGAGCAGGUGCGUUCCGCCCUCACGCUCGAGCAGGUGCGUUCCGCCCUCACGCUCGAGCAGGUGCGUUCCGCCCUCACCCUCGAGCAGGUGCGUUCCGCCCUCACGCUCGAGCAGGUGCGUUCCGCCCUCACCCUCGAGCAGGUGCGUUCCGCCCUCACCCUCGAGCAGGUGCGUUCCGCCCUCACCCUCGAGCAGGUGCGUUCCGCCCUCACUCUCGAGCAGGUGCGUUCCGCCCUCACGCUCGAGCAGGUGCGUUCCGCCCUCACGCUCGAGCAGGUGCGUUCCGCCCUCACGCUCGAGCAGGUGCGUUCCGCCCUCACCCUCGAGCAGGUGCGUUCCGCCCUCACGCUCGAGCAGGUGCGUUCCGCCCUCACCCUCGAGCAGGUGCGUUCCGCCCUCACCCUCGAGCAGGUGCGUUCCGCCCUCACCCUCGAGCAGGUGCGUUCCGCCCUCACCCUCGAGCAGGUGCGUUCCGCCCUCACGCUCGAGCAGGUGCGUUCCGCCCUCACGCUCGAGCAGGUGCGUUCCGCCCUCACCCUCGAGCAGGUGCGUUCCGCCCUCACCCUCGAGCAGGUGCGUUCCGCCCUCACCCUCGAGCAGGUGCGUUCCGCCCUCACCCUCGAGCAGGUGCGUUCCGCCCUCACCCUCGAGCAGGUGCGUUCCGCCCUCACGCUCGAGCAGGUGCGUUCCGCCCUCACGCUCGAGCAGGUGCGUUCCGCCCUCACCCUCGAGCAGGUGCGUUCCGCCCUCACGCUCGAGCAGGUGCGUUCCGCCCUCACCCUCGAGCAGGUGCGUUCCGCCCUCACGCUCGAGCAGGUGCGUUCCGCCCUCACGCUCGAGCAGGUGCGUUCCGCCCUCACCCUCGAGCAGGUGCGUUCCGCCCUCACGCUCGAGCAGGUGCGUUCCGCCCUCACCCUCGAGCAGGUGCGUUCCGCCCUCACCCUCGAGCAGGUGCGUUCCGCCCUCACCCUCGAGCAGGUGCGUUCCGCCCUCACCCUCGAGCAGGUGCGUUCCGCCCUCACGCUCGAGCAGGUGCGUUCCGCCCUCACGCUCGAGCAGGUGCGUUCCGCCCUCACCCUCGAGCAGGUGCGUUCCGCCCUCACGCUCGAGCAGGUGCGUUCCGCCCUCACCCUCGAGCAGGUGCGUUCCGCCCUCACCCUCGAGCAGGUGCGUUCCGCCCUCACCCUCGAGCAGGUGCGUUCCGCCCUCACUCUCAAGCAGGUGCGUUCCGCCCUCACGCUCGAGCAGGUGCGUUCCGCCCUCACGCUCGAGCAGGUGCGUUCCGCCCUCACGCUCGAGCAGGUGCGUUCCGCCCUCACCCUCGAGCAGGUGCGUUCCGCCCUCACGCUCGAGCAGGUGCGUUCCGCCCUCACCCUCGAGCAGGUGCGUUCCGCCCUCACCCUCGAGCAGGUGCGUUCCGCCCUCACCCUCGAGCAGGUGCGUUCCGCCCUCACCCUCGAGCAGGUGCGUUCCGCCCUCACGCUCGAGCAGGUGCGUUCCGCCCUCACGCUCGAGCAGGUGCGUUCCGCCCUCACCCUCGAGCAGGUGCGUUCCGCCCUCACCCUCGAGCAGGUGCGUUCCGCCCUCACCCUCGAGCAGGUGCGUUCCGCCCUCACCCUCGAGCAGGUGCGUUCCGCCCUCACCCUCGAGCAGGUGCGUUCCGCCCUCACGCUCGAGCAGGUGCGUUCCGCCCUCACGCUCGAGCAGGUGCGUUCCGCCCUCACCCUCGAGCAGGUGCGUUCCGCCCUCACGCUCGAGCAGGUGCGUUCCGCCCUCACCCUCGAGCAGGUGCGUUCCGCCCUCACCCUCGAGCAGGUGCGUUCCGCCCUCACCCUCGAGCAGGUGCGUUCCGCCCUCACCCUCGAGCAGGUGCGUUCCGCCCUCACCCUCGAGCAGGUGCGUUCCGCCCUCACGCUCGAGCAGGUGCGUUCCGCCCUCACGCUCGAGCAGGUGCGUUCCGCCCUCACCCUCGAGCAGGUGCGUUCCGCCCUCACGCUCGAGCAGGUGCGUUCCGCCCUCACCCUCGAGCAGGUGCGUUCCGCCCUCACCCUCGAGCAGGUGCGUUCCGCCCUCACGCUCGAGCAGGUGCGUUCCGCCCUCACGCUCGAGCAGGUGCGUUCCGCCCUCACCCUCGAGCAGGUGCGUUCCGCCCUCACGCUCGAGCAGGUGCGUUCCGCCCUCACCCUCGAGCAGGUGCGUUCCGCCCUCACCCUCGAGCAGGUGCGUUCCGCCCUCACCCUCGAGCAGGUGCGUUCCGCCCUCACUCUCAAGCAGGUGCGUUCCGCCCUCACGCUCGAGCAGGUGCGUUCCGCCCUCACGCUCGAGCAGGUGCGUUCCGCCCUCACGCUCGAGCAGGUGCGUUCCGCCCUCACCCUCGAGCAGGUGCGUUCCGCCCUCACGCUCGAGCAGGUGCGUUCCGCCCUCACCCUCGAGCAGGUGCGUUCCGCCCUCACCCUCGAGCAGGUGCGUUCCGCCCUCACCCUCGAGCAGGUGCGUUCCGCCCUCACUCUCGAGCAGGUGCGUUCCGCCCUCACGCUCGAGCAGGUGCGUUCCGCCCUCACGCUCGAGCAGGUGCGUUCCGCCCUCACGCUCGAGCAGGUGCGUUCCGCCCUCACCCUCGAGCAGGUGCGUUCCGCCCUCACGCUCGAGCAGGUGCGUUCCGCCCUCACCCUCGAGCAGGUGCGUUCCGCCCUCACCCUCGAGCAGGUGCGUUCCGCCCUCACCCUCGAGCAGGUGCGUUCCGCCCUCACCCUCGAGCAGGUGCGUUCCGCCCUCACGCUCGAGCAGGUGCGUUCCGCCCUCACGCUCGAGCAGGUGCGUUCCGCCCUCACCCUCGAGCAGGUGCGUUCCGCCCUCACCCUCGAGCAGGUGCGUUCCGCCCUCACCCUCGAGCAGGUGCGUUCCGCCCUCACCCUCGAGCAGGUGCGUUCCGCCCUCACCCUCGAGCAGGUGCGUUCCGCCCUCACGCUCGAGCAGGUGCGUUCCGCCCUCACGCUCGAGCAGGUGCGUUCCGCCCUCACCCUCGAGCAGGUGCGUUCCGCCCUCACGCUCGAGCAGGUGCGUUCCGCCCUCACCCUCGAGCAGGUGCGUUCCGCCCUCACGCUCGAGCAGGUGCGUUCCGCCCUCACGCUCGAGCAGGUGCGUUCCGCCCUCACCCUCGAGCAGGUGCGUUCCGCCCUCACGCUCGAGCAGGUGCGUUCCGCCCUCACCCUCGAGCAGGUGCGUUCCGCCCUCACCCUCGAGCAGGUGCGUUCCGCCCUCACCCUCGAGCAGGUGCGUUCCGCCCUCACCCUCGAGCAGGUGCGUUCCGCCCUCACGCUCGAGCAGGUGCGUUCCGCCCUCACGCUCGAGCAGGUGCGUUCCGCCCUCACCCUCGAGCAGGUGCGUUCCGCCCUCACGCUCGAGCAGGUGCGUUCCGCCCUCACCCUCGAGCAGGUGCGUUCCGCCCUCACCCUCGAGCAGGUGCGUUCCGCCCUCACCCUCGAGCAGGUGCGUUCCGCCCUCACUCUCAAGCAGGUGCGUUCCGCCCUCACGCUCGAGCAGGUGCGUUCCGCCCUCACGCUCGAGCAGGUGCGUUCCGCCCUCACGCUCGAGCAGGUGCGUUCCGCCCUCACCCUCGAGCAGGUGCGUUCCGCCCUCACGCUCGAGCAGGUGCGUUCCGCCCUCACCCUCGAGCAGGUGCGUUCCGCCCUCACCCUCGAGCAGGUGCGUUCCGCCCUCACCCUCGAGCAGGUGCGUUCCGCCCUCACCCUCGAGCAGGUGCGUUCCGCCCUCACGCUCGAGCAGGUGCGUUCCGCCCUCACGCUCGAGCAGGUGCGUUCCGCCCUCACCCUCGAGCAGGUGCGUUCCGCCCUCACCCUCGAGCAGGUGCGUUCCGCCCUCACCCUCGAGCAGGUGCGUUCCGCCCUCACCCUCGAGCAGGUGCGUUCCGCCCUCACCCUCGAGCAGGUGCGUUCCGCCCUCACGCUCGAGCAGGUGCGUUCCGCCCUCACGCUCGAGCAGGUGCGUUCCGCCCUCACCCUCGAGCAGGUGCGUUCCGCCCUCACGCUCGAGCAGGUGCGUUCCGCCCUCACCCUCGAGCAGGUGCGUUCCGCCCUCACCCUCGAGCAGGUGCGUUCCGCCCUCACCCUCGAGCAGGUGCGUUCCGCCCUCACCCUCGAGCAGGUGCGUUCCGCCCUCACCCUCGAGCAGGUGCGUUCCGCCCUCACCCUCGAGCAGGUGCGUUCCGCCCUCACCCUCGAGCAGGUGCGUUCCGCCCUCACCCUCGAGCAGGUGCGUUCCGCCCUCACCCUCGAGCAGGUGCGUUCCGCCCUCACCCUCGAGCAGGUGCGUUCCGCCCUCACCCUCGAGCAGGUGCGUUCCGCCCUCACCCUCGAGCAGGUGCGUUCCGCCCUCACCCUCGAGCAGGUGCGUUCCGCCCUCACCCUCGAGCAGGUGCGUUCCGCCCUCACCCUCGAGCAGGUGCGUUCCGCCCUCACCCUCGAGCAGGUGCGUUCCGCCCUCACCCUCGAGCAGGUGCGUUCCGCCCUCACCCUCGAGCAGGUGCGUUCCGCCCUCACCCUCGAGCAGGUGCGUUCCGCCCUCACCCUCGAGCAGGUGCGUUCCGCCCUCACCCUCGAGCAGGUGCGUUCCGCCCUCACUCUCGAGCAGGUGCGUUCCGCCCUCACGCUCGAGCAGGUGCGUUCCGCCCUCACGCUCGAGCAGGUGCGUUCCGCCCUCACGCUCGAGCAGGUGCGUUCCGCCCUCACCCUCGAGCAGGUGCGUUCCGCCCUCACGCUCGAGCAGGUGCGUUCCGCCCUCACGCUCGAGCAGGUGCGUUCCGCCCUCACCCUCGAGCAGGUGCGUUCCGCCCUCACCCUCGAGCAGGUGCGUUCCGCCCUCACCCUCGAGCAGGUGCGUUCCGCCCUCACCCUCGAGCAGGUGCGUUCCGCCCUCACCCUCGAGCAGGUGCGUUCCGCCCUCACGCUCGAGCAGGUGCGUUCCGCCCUCACGCUCGAGCAGGUGCGUUCCGCCCUCACCCUCGAGCAGGUGCGUUCCGCCCUCACGCUCGAGCAGGUGCGUUCCGCCCUCACCCUCGAGCAGGUGCGUUCCGCCCUCACCCUCGAGCAGGUGCGUUCCGCCCUCACCCUCGAGCAGGUGCGUUCCGCCCUCACCCUCGAGCAGGUGCGUUCCGCCCUCACCCUCGAGCAGGUGCGUUCCGCCCUCACCCUCGAGCAGGUGCGUUCCGCCCUCACCCUCGAGCAGGUGCGUUCCGCCCUCACCCUCGAGCAGGUGCGUUCCGCCCUCACCCUCGAGCAGGUGCGUUCCGCCCUCACCCUCGAGCAGGUGCGUUCCGCCCUCACCCUCGAGCAGGUGCGUUCCGCCCUCACCCUCGAGCAGGUGCGUUCCGCCCUCACCCUCGAGCAGGUGCGUUCCGCCCUCACCCUCGAGCAGGUGCGUUCCGCCCUCACCCUCGAGCAGGUGCGUUCCGCCCUCACCCUCGAGCAGGUGCGUUCCGCCCUCACCCUCGAGCAGGUGCGUUCCGCCCUCACCCUCGAGCAGGUGCGUUCCGCCCUCACCCUCGAGCAGGUGCGUUCCGCCCUCACCCUCGAGCAGGUGCGUUCCGCCCUCACCCUCGAGCAGGUGCGUUCCGCCCUCACUCUCGAGCAGGUGCGUUCCGCCCUCACGCUCGAGCAGGUGCGUUCCGCCCUCACGCUUGAGCAGGUGCGUUCCGCCCUCACGCUCGAGCAGGUGCGUUCCGCCCUCACCCUCGAGCAGGUGCGUUCCGCCCUCACGCUCGAGCAGGUGCGUUCCGCCCUCACCCUCGAGCAGGUGCGUUCCGCCCUCACGCUCGAGCAGGUGCGUUCCGCCCUCACCCUCGAGCAGGUGCGUUCCGCCCUCACCCUCGAGCAGGUGCGUUCCGCCCUCACCCUCGAGCAGGUGCGUUCCGCCCUCACCCUCGAGCAGGUGCGUUCCGCCCUCACCCUCGAGCAGGUGCGUUCCGCCCUCACCCUCGAGCAGGUGCGUUCCGCCCUCACCCUCGAGCAGGUGCGUUCCGCCCUCACCCUCGAGCAGGUGCGUUCCGCCCUCACCCUCGAGCAGGUGCGUUCCGCCCUCACGCUCGAGCAGGUGCGUUCCGCCCUCACCCUCGAGCAGGUGCGUUCCGCCCUCACCCUCGAGCAGGUGCGUUUCGCCCUCACCCUCGAGCAGGUGCGUUCCGCCCUCACCCUCGAGCAGGUGCGUUCCGCCCUCACCCUCGAGCAGGUGCGUUCCGCCCUCACCCUCGAGCAGGUGCGUUCCGCCCUCACCCUCGAGCAGGUGCGUUCCGCCCUCACCCUCGAGCAGGUGCGUUCCGCCCUCCAGUCAACCGCGCUGCCCUCCUCUCCAUGCACCACACAUUCUCUGCCCUCCAGGACACGCAGUGCCCACGCUCACUCUAGUCACAUCCUCUCGAAACUCCGCACUCACAUCCAGUCUGCAUUCACGCUAGCCACGUUCUGUUGA